AUGGCUUCCAGAUCAGAGGAGGAUCUCUGCUGUCCGGUCUGUCAGGACGUCUUUCAGGAUCCUGUUGUUCUGUCAUGUGGCCACAGCUUCUGUAAAGACUGUCUGAAGAGCUGGUGGACACAGAAACAAACUCAGGAGUGUCCAGUUUGUAAGAGAAGAUCUUCCAGGGAACCUCCUUUAAGCAUGGCGUUAAAGAGCCUGUGUGAGUCCGUUUUACAGGAGAGAGAUCAGAGAGCUUCAGAGGCUCUCUGCAGUCUGCACUCUGAGAAACUCAAACUCUUCUGUCUGGACCAUCAGCAGCCGGUGUGUGUCGUCUGCAGAGAUUCAGAAAAACACAGCGACCACAGAUUCAGACCCGUCGAUGAAGCUGCACGACAACACAAGAAGAAACUUCAGGAGACUCUGGAGCCCUUAAAGGAGAAGUUAAAGGUUUUUAAACGAGUUAAAGUGAAGUCUGAACAAACAGCAGCUCACAUGAAGGUCCAGGCCCGACGCACAGAGACGCAGAUUAAGGAGCAGUUUAAGAAGCUUCACCAGUUUCUGGAGGAGGAAGAGGAGGCCAGGAUGGCUGCACUGAGGGAGGAAGAGGAGCAGAAGAGUCAGAGGAUGAAGGAGGAGCUGGAGGCUCUGAGCAGAGAGAUAGCAGCUCUUUCAGACACGGUCAGAGACGCAGAGGACGAGCUGAGAGCCGAAGACGUCUCCUUCCUGCAGAGAUACAAGGCUGCGGUGGACAGAGUCCAGCAGCGCCCCCUGCUGGAGGAUCCACAGCUGCUCUCAGGAGCUCUGAUAGACGAGGCCAAACACCUGGGCAACCUCACCUUCAACAUCUGGAACAAGAUGAAGGACAUGGUCUCCUACAGUCCUCUGAUCCUGGACCCAAACACUGCUGAUCCAGAACUCAUCCUGUCUGAAGAUCUGACCAGCGUGAGACGAGGACGGAGACAGCAGCAGCUUCCUGAUAAUCCAGAGAGAUUUGAUAAAUAUUGGGCUGUCCUCGGCUCUGAGGGCUUUAACUCAGGGACUCACAGCUGGGAGGUCCAGGUUAGACACAGUAAACACUGGAAACUGGGUGUGUUAGCAGAGUCUGUCCACAGGAAGGGAUUCAUACAGUCUGGAUUAUGGAUAAUCUGGUUCAAUGGAGGUAGAUACUCAGCAGAGUCUCCACCAGCUUCGUCCUCUGUUCUCGAUAUAAAGAAAAAGUUUCAGAGGAUCAGAGUGAAUCUGGACUGGGACAGAGGAAAACUGUCGUUCUCUGAUCCUGAUACUAACACACACAUACACACCUUCACACACACUUUCACUGAGAGGAUGUUUCCUUACAUUUACACGGCGUACGAGCAGAAGAUUUUACCUCUGAAGGUCUGUGUGUCUUUAGUUAAUCAGAGUUUACACACAGUGAAGUAAAACUGAAAAUGCAAGCGGUCGAUUGAUUAAAGAGUCAGACACAGCGGUCCUCAGAGGCCGGGUUUCCCUUCAACCCUCAGAUUUUUCAAAUUGAAAUUGCGAAUAUAAAAUACGCCUCACGGAAACACGGCAACUGAGAAGAGAGAAACAUAAAAACUUUUAUGAACUUGAUGGCAGCAUCUCGAGAAUCACGGAGGAGGUAGAGACGUUUGACGUGUUCAGAUCGUCUGUCAGCUAGCCGGAAAGCGCUUAUGACACAAGCUUAAACAAAAACAAAAACAUUAACACACCGCAGCAGCAGAAAUAGCCAGCGAAAAUCAUGUUUCGAUGAUUAU